AUGGCUGGCGUUUCCAAAGAAUUUGAGCUAUCGUCGAAACCACCGGUGGAACAAGCCGAAAUCGAUAAGUUCAAUCCUUCCCAGCUUGUUUCCCUAAUAUUCUACACCGAGCGUCUACCUCUGUAUGAAAAAGAGAAACCUUUUUUUCUCAACUUUCCUCCAUCUGAACCCGGACAGCGACAAUCAAACGUUAUUUACUGCCGUCGUGAAGUUUGCAUCACCGAUGUUCGUGGCCACGAAGAUCUCUUCACUCUUGACACCACCGGGUUUCAGUACAAAGAUUUUGAGACAACAGUUGACUACCAGAGUUUCGCUUCCCCUGCGGCAAUUGAGGGAACUUUCCUCAAGGAGGUAGAAAACUUUUUGACCACAGAGUUGAAUGCAGACUAUGUCCUGGCUUGGGAUUAUCAACUUUUGACUGAAUGUCACAGGUUCGGCGAAGAGAUCCAACCUUACCUCCCAAUCAUAGGGGCCAACCAGGGAAAGCACAGCCAUUCAGAUCGGUUCAUUGUGUGUCCUCCACCUCCAAGUGUUUCAUCUAUUGGCUCCUUGUCCGACUCACUAAUUAUACUCAGCUUUUGGAAGCCGCUAGUUGGUCCAGUCGAGGAUGCACCGCUCGCCCUGUGUGACUAUCGUACUGUGGCACCAGAGGAUCGAGUGCCGACAGAUAUUGUCUUCCCUGAUUACCUAGGAGAGACUUACAAUUUCUGGGCUAAUCCCAAACACCGAUGGUAUUACAUGGAGGGACAGCUCGCAACCGAAGCCUUAAUAUUCAAGUGUUUUGAUUCCGAGGCUAUCAUAAAUGAUAAAGUUGCGCAAUGUUAG